AUGCCUUUUUUAGACAAUCCAAUGUUGAUUAUGAGUUCACAUUAUGUUUCACACGUUGUACACUUCGAGUUCGACAAAAAUCAAGAAAAACUGAAACCGAUAAUAAAAACGAUUAUUUUGUGUGGAAGACAAUGUCUGCCACUUGGGGCACAUCGAGAUUACGGAACGUUUAACGUAGAACAAGAACCUGAGUGCAACGAAGGUAAUUUUCGAGCGUUGCUUAGUGCACGAAUUGAUUCUGGGUACAAAAAUUUAAAACAACAUUUAAUGACUUGCGGAAAAAAUUCAACGUAUAUUAGUUGGAAUAUUCAGAACCAAAUAAUUGAUGCUUGUGAUGAAAUUAUUUUAUCUAAACUUGUAACUAAAGUUAAUAGUGCUAAAUGUUUUGCCGUACUCGCUGACGAAACGUCUGAUAUUUCCUCAAUCGAACAAUUCUCAUUGUGUGUAAGAUAUAUUGAGUGUAUCGAUGAAAACAAUUUUAAAAUAGUUGAACAAUUUUUAAAAUUUGUACCAGUAGAAUCAACUUCGGGUCAAAAUUUAGCAGAUGUACUUUUAACAACAUUAAAUGCAUGUGGUAUCAACAUAAAUUAUUUACGCGGACAAGGCUACGAUGGAGCUGCAGCAAUGAGUGGCAGAUUUAAAGGUGUCCAAGCAUGUAUAACAGAAAAAUAUCCAACUGCACUCUAUGUUCAUUGUGUUUCACACAGCUUAAAUUUGGCUUUAUCUAAUGCUGUUGAUGUAAUAUCUAUUAGGAAUAGUUUUGGCGUAAUAGAAAAAGUAUACACGUUUUUUAAUACACCAAAACGUCAAAUUAUUUUAAAAAAUCAAAUUCAAAUUUUAGCUCCUGAUAUUAAUAAAACUAAAUUAGUGCAGUUUUGUCCAACUAGAUGGGUUGAACGACACGAUUCAAUAAUAGUAUUCAAUCAAUUUUUAUUACCUGUAGUGGCGGCUUUAGAAGAAAUUCAAUCGUGGAACUGUAAGGACUCAUCAUCUGGUGCAUUUUUACUUUUAAAUAGUAUUCGCCAAUCUACAUUUAUAAUUUCAUUACUUUGUUCAGAGAAAUUAUUAGCUUAUACUUUACCAAUAAGUAAAGUACUUCAAACGACAGAUAUAGAUCUUUCUACUGCAGUUAACCAAGUAGGAAGUGUAGUGUCUAUUCUCCAUCGGCUUAGAAGUAACGCAGAAAAUGAAUUUAAGCUUUUAUUUCUAGAAGCACAACAAAUUGCCUCUAAUUUAGACUUUACUCUAUCCACACCUAGACUAACGAAACACCAAACUAAACGAUCUAAUGCACCAUCAGAAAAUAUUGAAGAAUACUAUAGACGUUCAAUUUUUGUUCCAUGGAUUGAUUCGUUUCUUAAUAGUCUGUCUGAUCGAUUUUUAAAACACAAAAAUCUUCUCACAAGUUUUAAAUGUCUUUUACCUACCGGACAUACUCCAACCGAUGAACAAAUUUCAAGUUUUAAAAAUCUUUUUGUAUUUUAUGAAAAAGAUAUGCAACAUAUUAGUUUUUCAGUCGCAAAGGCCGAAUUCGAAUUGUGGUACGAAAAAUUCAAAAAUGGUUGCUAUACUUUACCGCUAAACGCAAUCGAUGUAAGUACAAGUACGGCUGAGAGAUCAUUUUCCACGCUACGGCGAAUCAAAACCUACCUCAGAAAUACUAUGGGACAGUCACGAUUAAAUGGACUGGCAAAUCUUCACAUACAUCGAGAAAUACAAAUUAAAGAAUCCGAAGUAUUAGAAGUUCUAUCUGAAAAGGGACCCAGAAAAAUUAAAUUUUAA